AUGAGCAACGAGCCCUUGAAGAGGUACUUUUAUCGCUGCUUUUCAAAGCGCAGUGCAGGAGCCUUGAAAUGUGGUCAGAAUCGUGUCGGCCCUCCUCUCUUAAAGCCAGAACUACUUCUGCAGUUCGAGCGCCACAGCAUAUUGGAAAACCAGAAACCUACUGCUCUGGUUUCUGUCGGUGACCGCCUGAUUGAAGCCCUUCAUCACGCUUUCGUGAAAUACUACAAUCGACAUGAGCGAGCUGGUGACAUUUGGAUUGCCAUCAUCUCGAAUUCAGCGGGUGGAAAUGAAACAUCACCCUACCAUCAUGCUGAAAAGCUUGCCCAUGAGCUAGGUAAGAGCCCUAAGGACAGUCGAAAAUUCAAGCACGAAUACGUAUUUGAAUGGGAAAUUCCAGACCAAUAUGUUGAGCACAUGGUCUCCGUUGAGACACUUCUUGAUCGCGGAUUGAAUCUGGAUUCAUAUCUCGAAGGUGAUCAUUUGCCAGACCUUCGAGGGUUCCGGAGCUCAAUGAUCGACAUGUUCCUAGGCGAUGACGGACUUUGCGUUGGGAGAGAGCUAGGUCGCAUGGCCCGAUGUUUUGGCGCUAGAGCUCCGGUGAAGGAAAUUGCCAACAGCAUUCUUACUGAUUGUCCUAUAUGCAUCUCAUUUGACGGGGAGACACAAUACGUGGAAUGGACAACCACAUACGAGUCUGAUACCGAUGCGUAUACUUUCGCGUAUAUCGACUUCGAAUACUUUUACUGGAUAUCACAGGGAAUCACCGAAGCCCUCUUUGAUUUAUGGCUUGCGGACGCCUUUUUCCUAGGUAAAUAUAUUGUACAUGUUGAGUGGGCCAAUGACCUGACAGCAGAGAUGGAGAUUCUAUGGGAACUUUACUCCGAUAAUCGUCACUAUGAAGGAUGGGCUGCGGUCGACUCGGACUGUAUCGCAGACGACGCACGAGAACUGGAAAUGCGGGAGUGUGAAAUUCACGACCUAAUUGAGAGGGACGCACUAUCUAUAGGGCUUUGA